AUGAAAUUAAUAAUAAAGAAUAGAAAUAGGUUGGUUAGAAGUAGAGCAAUUGAAAUGUUAAAUGUUAUAAUUCAAUCUAAUAAUAAUAAUAAUAAUAAUAAUAAUAAUAAUAAUAAUAAUAAUAAUAAUAAUAAUAAUAAUAAUAAUAAUAAUAAUAAUAAUAAUAAUAAUAAUAAUAGUAUUGAAUAUUUAAAUGAUAAUAUUAAUAAUUUCUUUAAAUCAAUUAUUGAGAAAUUACUAUUACCAUUAUCAAUUUCAAAUCAAACAAUUAAUAAAGAGAGUAUAACAACUGCAAUUGAUUUAAUUGGUACAUUGGAUAAUAGUUUUUUAUUCCCUUCAAUUGGUUCAUUAUUCAAUAGAUUGAAUCCAAUCAUUCAAAUGUUAAUCAAUAAAAGUAUUGCUAUCAUAGAUGAUUCUUCAAUUUACCAAUUCCAUUUAUUUCAAUGUACAAAAGAAAUUUUAAAAAGAAAUAAUAAUAAAAAUAAUAGUAGUAGUGGUGGUGAUUUUAGUGAUCAAUGGAUUAAAUAUAUAUUAGAAUGUAGUAUUUUAAAAAUGAAUUUUACUUCAAUGUCAAAUAAAACUCAUAAAGAAGCUUUAGAAUGUUUAUCUUUAAUAGAUAUAAAUAAAUGGUUAUAUAUUCAAUUAGUUAAUCAGCAACAUGUUACAACUUUUUUUAACAAUAACAAUAAUAAUAAUAAUAAUAAUAAUAUUUAUAAUAUUAAUAAUAAUAUUCAAUCUGAUUCACUUUUUAUAUUUUUAAAAAAUUUAAUUAAAUUAAGUAAACCAUUAUUAAAAGAAUCAUUUAAUACUUUAUUUAAAUUAUUGUUAAAUUAUGAUUUUACUAAAUCUAAAUAUAAUUAUUUUGAUAAAGAAUUUAUAGAUUCAAUUAGUUCAUUAUUAUAUUCGCCACAUAGUGAUAUUAGAGAUAUAACAAUAUGUUUUUUAAAA